GUCUGCUUCCUCAUCAUCUCGGUCCGCGCUCUCUUGUGGGGAAACCGUUGUGACUGAAAUUUCACUUCGUAAAAAGCGAGUAUUUUAAAGACCAAAUAAUAGUCUGUAUUUUUCUGAAUUAAUAUAUAUAGAUAUGUAUAUACUUUAUUAAUUUGUUCACGCAAAAAUGGGAUAGUGAAAUGAAAAUUCAGUUCAUAACUGUAAUUUCUACUUACAUUAUUUCACUGCUCUAUGAACUAGUCAAAGUUAAAUAUCUACGGUGGAAAUGAAGAACAAACAAAUGACUUUCUUACUAUCAGGGAGGAAACCAACCCGCCCCCUUUCACAGCUUGUUCUGACUCUAAGUUUUAUUCUGUUGCUCUCAGUAAUCGAAGGAGCUAACAGAAAGGCUCAGCACGACAGUCUCCAAGGUCCGAUCUUUACUCUCGAGCCCGACUACCUUGUGGAAUUUUCAAAUAAUAGCAGAACGGAAAUUAAAUGCACUGCUUCCGGCAACCCAUGGCCCAAAGUACAGUGGGCUACGCGAGAGGGUCGGCAGAUUGAUACAGUCACCGGAAUCAGAUACGUUACAUCGGACGGAACAUUAGUCUUUUCGCCUUUCAAAUCGGAGGACUACAGACAGGAUAUCCACGCUGCAGUUUACACGUGUAUAGCUUCGAAUAAAGUAGGCUCCAUACGAAGCAGAGAUGUACAUGUUCGUGGAGUCGUCCAGCACCACUUCAAACCACAGGUUCUCGGUGAGUUCGUCAUCAAAAACAACUCUGCGAUCCUGCGAUGUGAGGUACCAUCAUUUAUCCGAAAGUUCGUCAGCGUUGACUCGUGGUUAAGAGAUGAUAAUGUCGAGUAUAGAAGGAACUAUUCAGAUGGACAAGUUCAUGUUCUUCAGACAGGAGAGCUACUUUUGUAUAGAGUAGAAAAUACCCAUUCGUAUACAUACACUUGUAAAACUAAGCAUAGACUGACUUGGUAUACCGCAACCAGCUCCACCUAUGGGAAACUUACAGUAAGAGAGCCUCGCGGACCUUCUAGUCCAAGAUUUGUUCUGAAGCUUUCUUCUGUUAAAGCCACCCAGGGUCAUCUGACCGAACUACCGUGUAUUGUAGAAGGUUGGCCAGUUCCUAAUGUUAGAUGGUAUAAAGAACAACAUGGAAGACUGGAUCCUGUGCUGUCAACAAACCGUUUGCAAAAUAAUCACGGUAUUUUAACCUUUCGUAACACUCUGCGGGAGGAUGAGGGUCUCUAUGUCUGUGUAACGAACAAUAGUGUUGAGGAGAAAAGAACUAAAACAACCCUGAAGGUGACGAACCGCUUACAAAUAACCGUUAAUCCUCAAAUUCAAAUCAUAGAGGUGGGCAGUUCCGCUUUAUUUAAUUGCACCAUCAAGGGCUUUCCAGUCUCUUCAAUAACCUGGGUGAAGGAUCAGCGCCCUCUAAGGGUAGAUUCUAGAAUUACUCUGUUAACCGAGUCGGUGUUGAAAAUUACACCUGUACACAGAACUGAUAGAGGAAUGUAUCAAUGUUUCGUCUUCAACGACGAGGAAUCCGCUCAAGGAACAUCGGAGCUAGCCAUAGCGGAUGUCGCACCAAUCUUUAUAUCCAGCUUUCAAGAAAAAGAUGUAUCCCCUGGCAUCUCAGUUUCUCUCAUGUGCUCAGCAACGGCCAAUCCAUUUCCAAACAUCACAUGGUUUAUAGAUAAUCAACCAGUGCACAACUCCUAUCGGAUAGCUCAGAAUAAUUACCUCUCUAGUGAAGACAACAUGGUCAGCUAUUUAAAUAUCACAGAUACAAAAGUAGAAGAUGGUGGGCUCUAUACUUGCCUUGCAUCGAAUGACGUCAAUUCCAUAGAACAUUCUAAAAGACUUAACAUCCGUGGUUCUCCGUUUAUUAGACCGAUGUGGAACAUUACUGUAGUGUCUGGUCACACUCUUGUCCUUAGGUGUCCGUAUGGUGGCUUUCCCAUUGAACGAAUCACGUGGGAAAGAGGAGGAAUUCUUCUUCCCCUUAGUCAUAGGGAAGAGAUCGACGAAUAUGGAACGUUAAUUAUCCGCAAUGUUCAUAGACAGAUGGAUAAAGGAAAAUAUACUUGCACAGUAAGAAAUCCGGAGGAUCAAAUUGCCAGUGGCUCUACUUACGUCUCAGUGGUAGUGGCUCCAGUGAUUGACGAAAAUUUUUUCCCCAAAAAAGUAACAGUGACAGAGGGUGUAAAAGCUCGUCUAUAUUGUAGCGUGAUCGAGGGAGAACCCCCCAUAAGAAUACACUGGGAAAAAGAAAUGCAACCAGUGACUAGUCAAGAUCACAUGACUGUAGACAAUUCACAUGAUUCUUCAGUAAUCAUUUUUCACCGUGUAACAGCACUUGAGAGUGGAACUUACAUGUGCAUUGCCUCCAAUAGGGUGGCCUCGGUGAACAAAACAACAGAAUUAAUAGUGAAUGUACCGCCUCGUUGGAUAAUUUCUCCUAAAAAUGCAUCCGUUGUGGAAGGAAGAGACGUUUAUCUUCACUGCUCAGCAAAUGGAUUACCACAACCAACUAUAAUAUGGAGAAAGGCCAGAGGACAAAAUCCAGGAGACUUCAUUUACUUAUACUCUAACAUUCGAGUGCAGCUUUUUGGCAACGGUACUUUGCUUGUUAGGAAAGUUGAAGAGACGGACGAGGGUUACUACUUGUGUCAAGCAACAAAUGACAUUGGCGCUGGUCUCCGUCAGCAUGUCUUUCUUCAAGUUCACACUUCACCUCAGUUCGAUUUGCCAUACAGGAGUCAAACAGUACAAAAAAAUGAAAAUAUAGUUAUGGCUUGUGCCGCUAGAGGAGAACAACCAAUGAAAAUCAUUUGGAAAAAGGACAGAAAUGAAUUAAAUAAUUCAAAGAACACACGGUUUUUGAUUAAAGAAGAUAAUGAAGAAGGAAAAAAGGUAUCAACGCUCACUAUUACCAAAGCCUUAAGGCAAGACUCUCACCUCUACUCUUGCUUUGCUUCCAACAAGUUUGGAGAAGAUGAGACAAACAUACAAUUAAUUGUACAAGAACCACCUGACCCUCCUUGGAAUUUAACCGUGCUUAACGUCACAAGCAGAACAGUAACAUUUCAUUGGUUAAACGGCUUCAGCGGGAACAGCCAGAUACUUCGCCAACUCGUUCAAUAUAAGCUACUUACAGAUUUUUGGUUAGAUUCGGUAAUGCAACUGAUAAUUCCUGGCUUGGGAAGUACUGCAACUCUUCAAAAUCUCCAGCCAGUGACAACUUACAAUAUCCGUGUAAUUGCUGAAAAUAGUUUAGGACCCAGUGAACCCAGCAACGUCAUUAAUAUAACUACACAGGAAGAAGCGCCAUCUGGUGCUCCUAUUGAGGUGAACGUCUACUCAGCUGGUUCUCAGUCUUUGAAAGUUAUGUGGAAGCCACCUGCUAAGGACUUGCAGCAUGGAGUUAUCACCGGGUACAACAUAGGUUUCCGAAAAACUAACAAAGAUGAGCCUUAUCAAAUAAGAGACGUGACCACAGUUACGUCAGCUUCUGAAGGAGUUGGAUGGCAGACGACAUAUUUGACCAAUCUAGAUAGAUUGACUACUUAUAGUGUAGUAAUCCAGGCCUACAAUAAAGCAGGUCUCGGACCGAGGUCUAAGGAAGUCACAGCAUCGACCCUGGAAACCGCACCGCCUACGUCCCCAGUUAUCAGCAUCUCAAAGGUAACCUCGUCCUCAGCAGUAUUUCAGUGGAAAAGAGAUCCAAAAGACAAAUCUAUAGUUUCUGAAUACGUUUUUCAGUACAAAACCAACGGAAGUGAAUGGCGCAAACAACAUCUAGAUGGCAGCACAAACUCCGUGACCUUGAAUAACCUUCAGUGCGGUUCGAAAUACGAAGCAUAUUUAACUGCUUCUAAUUCCCUUGGCACUGGUGAACCAAGUCAGACCAUACAUUUUAGAACAAAAGAGGCAGCUCCAGUCUCACCUCCUAAAGAUACCUUUCUCAAAAUUCAUGGUACCUCUGUGACACUUCUCCUGACAAACUGGCAAGAUGGUGGUUGCUCUAUCAGAAACUUCACAGUGUUGUAUAAGCCCAAGUCUCAACACACUUGGUAUAACAUUUCCAACCAGGUUCAAUCAGACAAUGGAAAAUUGACAAUCCGAGUUUUGAAACCAGGAGAAGUUUACCAGCUCCUAGUGACUGCUCACGGGGAUGGGGGAGUAACACAAACUGAAUACGAGUUCCAGACUCACCGUUUAGCCACAACUUUUGUUGCCACGGCUUUUCCAACGAUUAACCAAAAGGGUUAUGGUUUACUGUUUUAUAGCAACAUAGCCCUCAUUGUACCUGUUGUUGUAUCUGCCGUUGUUAUCAUAGUCAUCAUUGUCAUCUCAGUGGUAUGUUUACGUAAGCAUCCAGCAGAGAGCAGCAGCCGACAUUCGACAACAAACGGUAACCAACGAGUAAAACAUCCAAAGGACGAGAACAUGGUCAUGGGAGAGUUAUCAGAAAAACUCCCAGGAUUCAACAAAACUGGGACAGGGAGGCAGAGCUACUAUUCCUCUCCCACAAGAAGACCUAUUUCAAAUUCUCAGGAUAGAACCAGAGGAAGAAGACCAGAGGCCCAUGAAUACGCUGAACCUUACGCAUCUGUACCUCCGCCACGACGCGUUUCAGACGAAGUUAGUCGAGUCUGUUUGAAAGAUAAUAUGAACGAAGGAACAAUCAGGACACUUAGAAGUGCUUUCAGUAGAUCAGAAGGUCUGUCUACUGAGAUAUGGAAUGAUGGCAGAGCUAACCAAUCCACUGAACUAUGGGAAAGGUAUGAACCAAGUAGCAAUUCAAGUCAAUCAGAAAACAGUAAUGAUCGAACGAGCAGUCAGUACGGUGGAGUUCGACGGAUACACAUAUAAGCGCUUAGACUUGUUGCGUUAUAUUAAUAUUUAUCCCAUACUGUCUUUCAAGCAACACUCACUAAACUACCAACAAUUUGUUGGUAAAUAAAUCAAUCCUUACCAAUCACAUUUUCACAUUACUCCUUUUGUUUUUGCAUUAAGUACCCGGUACUAAGCUUAUAUGUGUGUGUGUGUACAAUUACAUUUUUUCUUUGUACAGCUGCUAUAAUAAAAUGAU